UGAGUGCUGACUGACUGGCUGGCAGCUGUGACCUGGGGCUACUGGGGACCAGAGCGCCAUGUCUUUCCGCGACCUCCGCAAUUUCACAGAGAUGAUGAGAGCCUUAGGAUACCCUCGGCAUAUUUCUAUGGAGAACUUCCGCACGCCCAACUUUGGACUUGUAUCUGAAGUGCUUCUCUGGCUUGUGAAAAGGUAUGAACCGCAGACAGACAUCCCUUCUGAUGUUGAGACUGAACAAGACCGAGUUUUCUUCAUUAAGGCGAUUGCCCAGUUCCUGGCCACCAAAGCACAUAUAAAACUCAAUACUAAGAAGCUUUAUCAAGCAGAUGGGUACGCGGUUAAAGAACUCCUGAAGAUCACAUCUGUCCUUUAUAACGCGAUGAAAACCAAAGGGAUGGAGAGCUCGGAAAUAGGAGAGGAAGACAUCGGCAAGUUCAAGUUUGAUCUUGGCUCCAAGAUUGCAGAUUUGAAAGCAGCCAGGCAGCUUGCUUCCGAGAUCACCUCCAAAGGAGCGUCUCUGUACGACUUGCUGGGCAAGGAGGUGGAGUUGAGGGAACUGAGAACAGCAGCAAUUGCCAGACCUCUGGAAAUAAAUGAGACUGAAAAAGUGAUGCGAAUUGCAAUCAAAGAUAUCUUGGCCCAGGUACAGAAGACCAAAGACCUGCUCAAUAACGUGGCCUCUGAUGAAGCGAAUCUAGAAGCCAAAAUUGAAAAGAGAAAACUAGAACUUGACAGAAAUCGAAAGCGACUUCAGACUCUGCAGAGUGUCAGGCCAGCCUUUAUGGAUGAAUAUGAGAAGAUUGAGGAAGAAUUGCAGAAGCAGUAUGACAUUUAUCUCGAGAAAUUUCGUAAUCUGACUUACCUGGAACAACAGCUCGAGGAUCAUCAUAGGAUGGAGCAGGAGAGGUUUGAGGAAGCUGAGAAUACUCUCCGUCUGAUGCAGAACAAGCUGAAGGAAGAAGAAAAGCGACUGCUCAAGAGUGGAAGUAAUGACGACUCAGACGUCGAUAUCCAGGAGGAUGACGAAUCUGACAGCGAGUUGGAAGAGAGGCGGCUGUCCAAGCCGCGCACGGCCAUGGAGAUGCUCAUGCAAGGUACUCCACCAUCCCUACCCACUCCCGUACCUCCCACCCUGGGCACCGUCUCACAGAAGCACCACGGCCAGGAUGGGUCGAGGCUACCUGGUGCCAAGGUCUGCGAGCAUGUUGCAAUGUGGAUUUCGGGGUCCCCAGGAGCAACCGCAUCCAGUGAGCACGUAGGGCAGGUCCUGCGGGGCUCCCAGGACGUCAGUGCUGGAGCCAGUCCGGAGUGCCAGGCCCAGAUGACGUGUUGGUGUUGGAAGGUUCCGGAUGACUCGGAGGACAGUGAAAUUGACCUGGAAGAUGAUGAAGAGGAUGAUGACGGUUUGGAAGACGAGAGCCUCGCUCUCUCACCAGCCAAGCCCAGUCGGAGGGUUCGGAAACCUGAGCCCCUGGAUGAGAGUGACAAUGACUUCUGACCCUCUUGCGAAGGGACCCAGGCAGAUUAAAACCCUCAGAUCCUAGGUAAACGGGAAACCGGAGGUUUAGAAAGGUAACACAUUUUGUUCACUAACCCAACUGGACUCACCAUUACUAAGGCAAUACCCACUUCUGCUGUUGCCUCCUGGGCUUGUAUCCCCUGAAGCUUAAAUAAGAACCAAGGAAAGCCCGCAGAUGACUUUUGUUUUUUGCUUUAUUUCUCUCCUAAAACUCGGGAAGUGCGAGUGUGCGUGCUGAUUCACACCCACAGGGCAAAGCUAGAGACCUGAGAGCUAAGCAGUAUGUAAGUCUGGGUUAUUGUUACGCGUUUCUCUUAAGAGUCAGUGGAACAGACCUGGGGCUGGAGCUGGC